AUGGUUGACUUCUCUGGUGUUUCUCUUGAAGGAAAAACUGCCAUUGUAACUGGAUCUUCACGUGGUAUCGGUGCCGGUAUUGCUCUCCAGCUCGCUAAGCGGGGUGCCAACGUUGUUGUCAACUAUGUCUCUGCGGGCAGCAAAGAGCGCGCAGAUGAAAUUGUCAAACAAAUUCAGAAAAUUGGCACAAAGGCCAUUCUAUGCCAAGCUAGUGUGAUGAAUAUUCAAGACAGUCCCCGCCUUGUCGAGGCGGCCUUGCAGAUUAGUAAGGACGGGAAGAUUGAUAUCCUUAUUCAUAAUGCAGCGCUUGGAAAUGAAGCUGACUUGAAGGAUGUUAAUGUGGAAAUGUACAACUCACACUUCGACUGCAAUGUCCGCGGCCCUAUCUUUCUCACCCAGGCCGCUCUCCCAUAUCUGCCCCGUGGUGGUCGUAUUAUUUUCAUCUCAUCUGCUGCUGCCCGUCUUGGCGUUGCUGGUCAGACUGUAUAUGCCUCUACCAAGGCCGCCAAUGAAGCAUUGGUUCGCGUGUGGGCAAAGGAGCUGGGUCACUCACAUGGAAUCACUGUGAACUGCGUCAACCCUGGCCCAGUUGCUACUGAUCAAUGGUUUCAAAGUGACGAGCAGUUCUUGAAAGAUAUGCAGCCUAUGAUCGAGGCUACCCCGGCUGCCCCUCGUGUGGGCGAGGUUGAGGAUAUCGCCCCCCUGGUUGCUUUCUUGUGCACUGAGGACUCUAAGUGGACCACGGGCUCCGUUUUGUCGGCAAACGGUGGUCUUUACAAUUAG